AUGAUGAGCAUGAUGGAGCACGAACUUAAGCAGAUGACGGACUACAACCAGAUAUGGCCCGGUGUGGGUGGAUUUCAUCUACCACCUACUUCUACUAGUCAGUUAAUGGCUCAGGGUAUAUCCGAUGAUCUCUCUCCAGGUCCUGACUCUCCUGACUCAGGAAAAGACAACAAGAAGAACGAUGACAGGGUAAAACGCCCAAUGAAUGCGUUUAUGGUUUGGAGUCGAAGUAAACGCAGACUUAUGGCUCAGGAGAAUCCAAAGAUGCACAAUUCUGAAAUAAGCAAAAGGCUAGGAGCUGAAUGGAAGUGCUUGAGCGACAACGAGAAAAGGCCGUUUAUUGAUGAGGCAAAGCGAUUGCGCUCAAUUCACAUGAAGGAACAUCCCGAUUACAAAUAUCGUCCAAGAAGGAAAACCAAAGCACUUCAAAAGAAGCAGCUUCCCGUUGGACCAUUUUCAGCGUUAGAUUCCUUGAAACCACAGGUGUACAGCUCAGUACCUGCGUGGAAUGGCAGCAACCCCUAUCCCUUUGACGGCUCUUACGGACUGUACCCUCGAACAGGCUACGAAAUGCUCAACCAACUCCCAUAUCUCGAAAGUUCUCCUUCACAAUAUAGUCAAUCUCCUCUUGGUGGCGCGUACCCAGUAAACUAUCUUACGCCAGCUCCUGUAGUUAAGACUGAAGUAGAGGCUUCGCCAGAGAAUUCGGAGAUUUCUCUUGAUCCCACUCAUUUUCGGGCUUUCUACGAUCCCUCGAAAGAUCCCAUGACGUCAGUGUAUUCAAAUCAGUUGUCCUACUCUUCUCUAGAAAGCAUGGGACUCACACAGUCUAUAUCACAACCUCAUGUCACUUCUUAA